GUUUUGUCAGAUGGUAGCGUAUUCGUAGGGUUGAGUAUGGAACAACUUUUCCUUCGAUCGAUUUACGAGCAGGUGAAAUAUGCGAUGUUAAAUCGACAUCGUUAAUAUACGUUCUUCCUUUUGGUCAUCAAGCGAGUUCAUGGGCAGUAGAUGCUUUCAGAGAAACAAUGAAGAAGGCCUUUAGCCAAGUCUUUGGUCAAAAAUUGAGGGCUAACAACAAAGAGGAAAAGUACAAAGGGGAUGAUGUCCCAAAAGGUGAUUUUAGGGACAACAAGGCUGGAGUCAAGGCUGAUGUUAAAGAACUGACUGACUUGGACAAGUUGUACAUUGCCUUGGCUGAAGUUGGUCAAGAAAACCUCUUUGAUCGGCUUUGCUACGGUUUGAACAUUACGAGCUUAGAUGCCUUACAGGAAUACAGUGAAGAAGACAGCACAUCUGCUUUCAUCUGCAACAAGAUAAAAUCUCGCCUUGAGGGCAAAGAUUUCAAUUUCAGAGCACUUGCACAGAAAUACAAACGAAGUAAACUUGCAGAGGAGUGUAAGAUAAGGCACAUACCAGUGAUCCCAAAGAAAGACUUAGCUGUUACGCGCACAUUGAAAGAGGGUCCAUUUGUGGGACAAGUUUGUGAGGCGCAACUGACUUUGCCGAAUGGGAAAAAGGAAAAAGUCUGUCUUCGUUAUCAAACAGCGGAAGAAGAAGAAGGAAUGGACUUCUUAAGUGAAGCGGAAAAAGCAUUUAAACUUCGUCAUGAGAAUAUUCUUGCUUACUACGGCGUAGUCAUUGCUAGUGCAUAUUCACCAUACCCAGCUUUGGUGGUCGAAUUUGCGGAAUUUGGAAACCUUUCAGAAUCAUCGCAUUAUCAUACAAUUGAACGCCUCUGGAGAUUUACCAUCCAGGCUGCAACUGCUUUGGAAUACUUAGAGAGAAGGGAUGUCAUUCACCAAUCUAUUGUUGAUUACAAUUUCUUGGUUGUUGCUGGUUUUGAGCUGAAGCUUGCUGGCCUGGCGUUUUGUUGGUUUAAAAAAGUAAACCUGAAAAAUAAGAAGAAUCAACGAGAAAGAGGAAGAGCAGAAAAUAGUGUACCUUUCAUGUUCGGGAAAGUAUUCUCCUCGAUAUUUUCCGCUUUAUCGAGAAGGUAUAAGAGUCAUCCCAAACUUGAGGCACUCUCAAAUUGGAACGACGUAAAGUUUGGUCACAUUUGCCCUUCUCAUUUUUGUGACGUUUUUCAGCGUUGUGUACUGAACAGCGUACGCAUGCCACCUUCUUUCUCAGAAAUCAGGCAAUCUCUUGUAACACAGGAACACCCUUUGAAAUUGAGGGUUACUUGCAAAUUCGAGGCGUCAGAAGACGGUUUUCUAAGCUGUAAUCCUGGCGAAAUCAUAACUCUGAUUUCCAAGACACGACACAAGUAUGACAAAACAAUAUGGUUUGGUGUCACACAAAGUGAUCAAAUAGGAUUUUUCUGGAAGGAGUACGUCAAGGAAGUAGUAGAUGAUAAUGUUGAUGGUUCCGUCAUACCUCCGGAGAUUCAGGCGCGAGGCCCUAGAGCUGAGCUUGCCUUUCAGAAGGCAUUACGGAAUGGCAGAGUGCAAGUUUUCCGUGGUCGCAUCAUGAUACUCGGUCAGGACCGCGCAGGGAAAACAAGUCUCAAAAAAUCUCUACUCGGCAUGCCCUUUAAUCCCGAGGAAGAGAGCACUGUAGGAGUCGAAGUAGACCCAUCCAAGUGCGAAGUCGAUGUGGAUCAAGUAACGAAUUGGCAGCGAACAGAGCAAGCGAAACUGGAUGUUUCUCACUUUGUUGAAGACAUAGCAAGGAUAGUUGUUAAAGACUUAAAGGAAACAGAAGAACCGAAGAAGACAAAAGAUGUCCCUUCGUUUUUGGAGCAGGGCUACAAUGAUGAGUUGCAAGCUGACAAUCCAAUGCCAGUAGAUACAAUACCCUCGUCUACCCUAAACAAUUCAUCAUCAAGAAGAGAGGAGGACGAAAACGCGACGAUCGACGACAUCAGCCACAGUGGUGUACCAGCAAGCAAACUAGCUGACCUAAAUGUUCAGCUAAGCGUACAUACCAGUUCAGAUUUACAGAAUGAUGUCACGGAACUGGUUGUGCAGUACCUGCAGGCUUUGAGACUAGAGGAUCACGUUAAGACGAAAGAAACCAGUUUCACUCUGUGGGAUUUCGCCGGGCAACAUCUGUACUACGCCUCGCACUCAGUAUUCCUUUCUUCUCGAGCUGUUUAUGCCUUAGUUUACAACUUGAGCAAAGAUCUGAAUGCUCCAGCUGAACCCCGAGUCAAACAGGGUAUUCAUGAUAUUGUACUAGAGAAACAGAACAGCGAGACAAAUUUGGAGAGUUUGCUGUCGUGGCUGGUUUCUAUUCACAAUAUUUGAUCAACAGCUGACGAGCCAGGCAAUGAUCAGCAAGAGAAAAGAUCCUACCUACGCCCUCCAGUCUUCAUCGUGGGCACAAACGCUGACAAACCUUUCGACGAUGUCAAGCAAAUGGAAAAGUGUAUUCAAAGGAAUAUUUCAGGGAAGGUUUAUGAAAAGCACGUGAUUAGGCCAAUGUUUGCAGUUGAUAAGUCACGAUCGAAGGGUGACGAUGGUGUUCAAGCGCUGCAGCAGAGGAUCAUGGAGGUUUUCAGAAAAGAACCCUACAUGGGUGAAGAGAUUCCAAUUAGGUGGUUCAACUUCGAGAAAAUCAUCGAGGCUUUGGUAGCAAAGGGAACCUAUCACAUGCACUCUGAUCCGCUUCUAAAGGUUACAAGGAAAGCUUGCCAAAUAGACGACAAGGAGGAAAUGACUGCCAUGUUGAAUUUCUAUCAUGACUUGGGAGUGAUCGUAAAACAUGGCCGCACUGUUGUACUGCAGGCACAGUGGCUGAUCAACCUUUUUAAGCGAUUGAUAACUGUGAGACCGUUUGACGAAAUAGAUCCUCUGUACUCAGAAUGCUGGAAGGAGCUUGAGGAAAGCGGUAUCCUAAGGAUGACCCUCGUCGAUCACGUUUUCGCCGAUGUAAUUCAGAAUGGGCUAUCCAAGGAGGACGUUUUGGAUAUGAUGGAGAUGUAUGGCUUAAUCGCUAAAUUUUCCUUUUUCCCAUUUACUUCCGAAGAUGGGCAGAGAUACUUUGUACCAGCUCAGUUAAAGUCAUCCCCAGGAGGUCUGUGUGAGAUUAAGAAGUCUAGCCAUGAUCCAUGCCCUUUUUAUCUUCAUUUCCUUGAUGGCUUUGUACCUCAUGGGUUAUUCCCUCAGCUUUUGUCGAGGUUCAUCGGCUGGUCUUCAGAGGGCGGUCCCAAUCAAGCUCCAAACUUAUACCACAACGGUGCGCGGCUUUUCAUUGGAAGGAAGAACAUUUACAGUCUCAUUCUUAUCUGCCGAAAACGAUUUAUUAAGAUCGUGUUGAAACAAAGGGGCUCCGCGUCGAAUCCUUCGUUCAUGAAUGUCGCUCAGGAGGUUCGCGUGUAUCUUGAAGAUAGAUUGCAAGAGCUUAGUCUCGAGUUGCCAUGGCUACGCAACCUCAGGUAUGAACUGAGUAUUGCAUGUCCCAGUUGCUUAACUCACGGAGAAGAAUGUGCUAAACAUGGAAUAGUCUGCUGUGCUCACGAUGAUUGUCUUCAUCUCCUUCGAGUAAUUCCAGGGGAGCAGCUGUUUUGUCCAAAAAGCUUCAACGAUGAAGCUCUUCAUGUUGAUGGACUAGAAAACUGGUUUCAAGGUGAUAAAGCAAAGGAUGAAGGAGAGAUGCACAUGAUACCUUCAUUGGACUCUGAAGUGCUCCAGCGACCCUUCCCUUCCAAAAUGGGCACACCCUCGACAGAUGACCUCCUCCUUCUUGCUUUUGAGUUGGGUUCAUCGUGGAAGAUGCUGGGUCGGACACUCUCUCUUCCUGAAGCAGUGCUGGAGCAAAUUGAGGAAGACAACCCCAAGCUGAAUGAAAAAUGUUUCAGCAUGGUUAGAAGAUGGACUGAGAUGUUUGGCUCUUCGGCUACAUACGAGUCUUUGGCACGAGCUUUGCAGCAUCCUGCGGUGGGUCGAGGUGGGCUUGCUGUCAAAUACUGCGACGUCCCCGGAGCUGUUUACAAAGGCACAGAAGCUUUACCGGUCUCCUUCAAAAUCCUAGAUGAUUCGAGUUGGAGUUGCCCAGUUUUUUUGUCUUACCAGUGGGAUUUGCAAGAGAUUGUUAAGGGACUAAAGAAGAGAAUUGAAGAAAACGGGAUCCAGUGUUGGAUGGAUAUUGGACAGAUGGGAGGAGGCGAUGCCUUGUUUGCUAAGAUAGAUCCUGGUAUUCGAGCGUGCAAGGUCUUUGUUUGCUGUGUAACGAAAAGGUACUGCCAAUCUGACGCCUGUCAAAGGGAAGCUACCCUUGCUUGCAGCCUGAAGAAGCCCAUUAUACCUCUGCUGUUCGAAGAUCUGUCCUGGCCACCGGAAGGUCAACUGGCUCUGAUCUUCACCACUCUUCUUUACAUCAAGAUGGCCGUAGACGAUGGAACGAUUCCUGAGGCACAGUUUCAGGAGAUGAUGAGAAAAGUGGGAGAGUUCGUUCAAACGUGACAAAACUGCUGAUACUGUCAACAACAAUAACAAUAACAUUUAUUAUUUGUAUUGCGCCUUUUCUAUAAAAUAUUCAAAAGCGCAGUAAAAGCAAAUAUUCAAAAGCGGCACUUCUUGAACUGUUCAGGGGUGAACUCCUCGCCUGAAUACUCUAACAAUUGGUUUAUGAUUUCAAUUUGAAGCUGCUCACAUUUAAUAAUUCGUUUGAUAUACACCAUCUACUUUGACUCGAAUUCAACCAAUCAAUAUCUGUGUAUGGCCUGAAUCAACAUGAAUUUAAUAGUAUCAGUGUUGGACAGAUGACUUAUUUCGUUUUGUCGCUCAUCUAUGUGCAAAUCUGAUGGAGGAUUGAUGGUAAAUUAUGCAGUAUGUGGCUUAGCUAUCCUCAUUACCAAGGUUUACUGUUUGCCGCUAUCAGAGUUUUGCUUAGUUGCCGAAAAUUAAACGAUUACAUUUAGCUGAUGCCAUAUUUCAUAAUGUGAUUAGAUAUUUUAAAGGAACUUGCGCCAACAUGGCUUGCAUCUUAAUUCAUAGUUAGCUUUCAGUUAACCUUAUGAGAAAACCUUGGGUGAUUUUACGCUGUUUUUAAUCCCAGUUUUACAAUUGUAUGUCAAAUAUAAUUUAGUUAGAUAAACGGUAGCACUUAAAAUAGGGAUCUAAAGAAAUAAAAGAAAUGUAACUUGCGCAUGCUCAGAUCUGUAGAAUUAGGUUGACAUAAUUGUUGAAAUACUUCUCACAUUGUUUAGAGCCAUGGUGUGUCUCGGUAUGAAAGGAAAAUUUCUGAUGAUGUUUUUAUUUGGAAAAUUGCUGUGGGCCAUUUCUGUGUUUUUGUUAUGACCCCAAAUUCACGUCUUUCGUCCGUCACUGUCGCUCCUUCUUUCCAUUCUUGUUAACUUUUCGGUAGGUUGGCUAACUAGCGUUCUAAUAAGGCUUUCGCAUGUUCAGUUCCUCGCAUGGGGGCGCAACUGAUAACUGAGAAUUGGUUAAAAGUCUUGGGGAAUAACACGUAUUUUACUGGCAGCUGAGAUCUGAGUACAAGAGAUUUUAGUUUUGGAGGAAAAUGAGCUGAAGUGAAGACUGCAUGCAUGAGCUUUGCUUACAUAUUGCACAUUUCAGGCACUCGGAUGAAUAUAACAAUUAUAAUAAUAAUAAUAAUAAUUUACCAAUUUAUAUAGCGCGUAUUUACAUAUGCUGAUCAAUAGCGCUUAAAUAUACUGUUGGAAGGCAA